AUGUUCAAUCAUUCUGGGGACAAACCACCCCGCGGUGUUCCCUCUGGAUCAGAAUACGGAGGCAGUCAGCAUGGCCGCCUCGCCCUCAACACAUCUGGUCAAGCAUAUUCUAGGUUCGGUGUUCCGCUCAACUUUGGCGGUCCCUCGACAUGUCCACCGCCGCAGCAAGAUUCCGUCCGGAGGGACUUCGACUCAUCUAUGGACUGGACUUCACCAGUCGCGCAGCAGAACGCGCGCUUCGACGCUGGGUCUUCGAUGAACAGCGCGCCACAGCAAGAUGAAGGAAUGGAACUCGAUGAAUUCAGUCCCCCUGCCGGAGUGUCCAACUUGAUUGCGCGCUUUGAGGGGAUUCGCGCCGCACCACCAAGCAGUAAUAGGAUCAUGAGCCCGGCCAGUUCAGUCGCAAGCCCAUCAAUAGCGAGCCCAUCGUCGGCACACUUUGGCAGCAUGCACGGCAGCACAGCAAACAUGAGCUCUUCAGGAAUGACAAGCAACUUUAGUCCCCAACCAAACACGUUCAGCGCAGUCUCUAAACCCUUCGCUUCCCAAUCUAAUGCCUUCAAUCAGUCGGCAACAACCUUCAGUGCUGCCAACGCUUUUAGCUCCCCUGCAAAUGCCUUCAACUCACUACCAACCACGAAUACCUUCAGCCCACCCCCGAAUGCCAACGCCUUCAGUCCGCCACCUACUACCGCAUUUAGUCCUGCUCCCACACCCUUCAGCCCGGCGACGUCGACGUUCAGCCCAGCACCGACACCUGCCCCGAGCCUCAUGCCCGGCACCCCGGGUGUGAUGCAAACGCCUUUUGGCCCUCCGCCUACGACAUCAUUCCCACCUGCGACAGGCAGUCGGCCAUCUCGGGAGCAGGUUCCUGCCGAGGCAUGGGAGUCUUUCAAGGGGACCAUCAAGCAUCUGUAUCUGGAAGAACGCCGUCCUCUGAAAGAGGUCAUGCAGAUCAUGGCGGAUCAGUAUGGCUUCCAAGCAACGCCGAAGAUGUACAAGACCAGAUUCUCUCAGUGGGGCUUCGUGAAAAACAACACCGAGGACGAAGUGAAGAGACUUCUUUCUAUGAAGUUCCAACGCGAUGCCGAGGGCAAAGUGUCCGAAUUCGUUCGAAACGGUAGAGUGGUCAAUCUGGGCACGUAUCUCAAGAGGAAGGGAGUGACGGAGUACGAUCUUGUCGACUUUGAAACGCCAGCUCAGCUCCCGUCAUAUGUGCGAUGUCGUACACCGACACCGCCGCCCGCUCCGGGCUAUCUGCGAUCACCAGACCUGCUCCGAGCGCAGGAGACGAUUGUUGGGAAUAUGCGGAAAGCAUUCUUGCAUUGCCGCCAGUUCGAGGUCGAAAUUGACAAGCAGGUCGGAUGGACAUCGAUUAUGUUAUGGGGUGCGGGAUCAAGCGACAUGUUUGCUGAUGCGAACAAGAAAUUCGAAAUGGGCGAACACGACGCGGGCGGUCAUCAACUAAUGAAGGCAUUCAAACGACUGGAGAUGGAUCUCAAACAGCUAUCACCACAAGGUAUCAAGGAACUUUUGCUGGGAAUGGUGCAUCGCGACGCGGGCAUGAUGACUGCUCUGUGCAAGUACCUGGCGGCGUAUUCAUCGACGAACUUUGAACGCUCGCAUCCCCUGCGACAGACAUUUUCUACACUAUACGAGGUGCAACAGAAGCAUGGUCCGAUCACACUAUCGGAGCUUGUCUGGGGCUGCAUUCCUACCAUCGCCGAAGAACUUGAAGCCAUCUACGGACGGCGUCACCCUUACGUAGCCAGGACGUGGAUCGACUUGGCCAUCUUUUACAACCACGCCAACCCCGAGAGACUCGAGAAACUGCUCUCCGAACUCCAGCCACUACGAAGGCAAAUAGCAGGUCGUCACGGACAAGGCAGUGCGGAGGAUCUGGCUUUGCGAUAUGCUGUUGUUCAGCUCAUGCAAGCAGCCUGGCCCAACGCCGACAAUACGAGGAUGGAGGCCUUGGAACUAUGGACUGCGAUGAAGGAUGGCGGCCUCGUCUUUCCAGUGCGAGGAGCAGAGCACAACACCUUUUGCUACCACAGCCCACUCAAGAUCGAUCCGUGGGAAAGACGAUGCAGGGAGCGAUAUGACAUUGGGACUCAAUUCUUCCAACAACACUGCGGCAUCAAGGUGCUGCCCUAUUUCGAAGAGGACAUGCAUUACACAGAGCAUGCCCCCGACUCGCAUUCGGCCUUGGCAGCAGCCUUGGGCCACAUGCCGCAAUCCAAGUUCUCGCUCAUUUAG